GUUACUUUCUACACUUCACACUUGACACCAUGGCCCUUGCAAACCUUUCGCGUGGCCAGGCUUCCGUGGGUGCGAUUGGCACUCGCAAGGCUGUCCCGGCCGUCCGCCGCGUUGCUUGCCAGGCUUACAAGGGUGAUGAGGAGGCGCGCAACCCGCUCCAGAAGGCCGCAAUUGGCCUGGCGACCGCUGCUGCUGUCGUUCUGGGCACCUUCGCCCCGCUGGUGACCCCGGCGCCCGCGGACGCCAUUCUGGUUGCCAGCGACCCCGUGAAGAACGCUGCUGCUAUUCUGCGCAACGCUCUGCCCAUCGACAACAAGCCUAUUCGGCAAAUCCAGAAAGACCUGGAGGGCAUCAGCGAGGCGCUGCGCAUCCCCGGCUCGAAGUCCCUCGGGCCUGUGGCGCGGGCUGUCCGCGCUUCUCAGGAUGUGCUGACCCGCCAAAAGGAUGCCAUAAUCAAGGACUUUGCUCCUGAGAAGAAGGCGUUUGGCCUGGCCAACAUUGACAAGCUGACGGAAGCGCUGACCGAGUUCCAGGCCAUUGUGGAGGCUAAGGACAAGCAGGCGGUGCCUCUCAAGCAGCGUGAGGCGCUCAGCUACGUGGGCAACAUUGAGGAGGCCAUGGUGAAGGGCUUCCCCUUCCAGGUGCCCAAGGAGUACGCCGAUCGUCCGCUGCUGCUGGGCCGCGCCACGCUGGAGAUGAAGGUCAAGUGCGCCCAGACGCCCGAGGGGCCGCAGACGUUCACGCAGACGGUGGUGCUGGACGGCUACAACGCGCCCGUGUCGGCCGGCCAGUUCGCGGACCUGGUGGCCCGCGGCUUCUACGACGGCAUGGAGGUGCAGCGCGCCGACGGCUUUGUGGUGCAGACCGGCGACCCGGAUGGCCCGGCCGACGGCUACGUGGACCCCAAGACCAACGAGAUCCGCCGCGUGCCGUUCGAGGUGCGCGUGCAGGGCGACAAGGAGCCCAUUUACGACUUCACGCUGGAGGACCUGGGCCGUGUCAACGAGCAGCCCGUGCUGCCCUUCAACGCCUACGGCACCCUGGCCUGGGCGCGCAAUGAGUUUGAGAACAACAGCGCCUCCAGCCAGGUGUUCUUCCUGCUCAAGGAGAGCGAGCUGACGCCCACCGGCUCCAACCUGCUGGACGGCCGCUUCGCCGUGUUCGGCUACAUCACGCAGGGCCAGGACGCGUUGGCGGACUUCAGGGUGGGUGACAAGAUUGAGUACAUCAAGUUCGUGGACGGCAAGGAGAACCUGAAGAACAGCCCGUAAAUCCGCGGGGAGAGGUUGACGUUAUGGGAUGAGGCCGGUGGAGGGUUCUGUGUGUAACUAGAUUACGUUAGAAAGUAGGUGGCUGUAUACGGACCUCGUUUGUGCCUGCCACUCACGAUUUUGACGAUGUGGAAGUAGCAAGGUACCGCGGGGUGAGUGAGUGCCGACUGACACGCGGCGUCACAGGAGAUGGCAUGUUGCUGGCCUGGGCACAACCCCAUUUCCUCCAUUCAAUUUUUGACCUCGGAUUUUUACACGAAAACUCCGGACGUUUGUAUAUGAAAUCACCAUCGUUACUGAGGCAAUCAGACCAUACUGCUCGGCGAGUCCUACGCAUCGCCAUUUUGUAAUUACAACUCGGGAACAUUUAUCUUUAUACCUUAAAGUCAUCAGUCCCAAAAGAAAAUGGCCGACCCUCAGCAAAACGUAUCAUCCGAGCUCCAGCAGUUCAUCGCGCGCGAGUCUCAAGUGGCACAGAUUCAGAGUAUGAUUUCGACACUAACGGAGGUGUGCUGGGACACCUGUGUCCAGUCUCCAGGAAGCUAUCUGUCCAGCAAGGAGAGCACUUGCUUGGAAAACUGCGCGCGCCGCUUUGUGGAGACGACCCAGUACAUCCUGCAGCGUGCGGCGCACAAGGCGGACAACAGCUCUGGCGGCUUCUAACGGCAACAGCUGUGAGGCCUGGUGAUGGCGGUGCAAGGCGGCUCCUCCGCUACGCAUGUUUGAAUGGAGCGCGGUGGUGUUUUGGGCUGGAGCACGGCGGGCCUUGAGGCUAGGAGGGUGAGGGUCAUGGGCGUGUGGAUGUGUGUUGCCGCCAGGGUGCGCACGCAUUGGCGUCGACAAUCUGCAGGAUGAACACUAUGGUAGUCGGUUUGACGAUGAUAAUUCAUAGGAGCGGAUUACGGUAGGCUGGGGGUACUUCUUUGUGGGUUUGUGUAUUGGAUGUACUUGGUAUCUUGCAUGCGCACACAUAGUGCGUCGUAAUGCAAGAGCCCCUUCCUUUCCGCUCCCCAAGAUGCAAUGGUUGGUGCUCCUCCCUCCGCAAGAGGCCGGGAGACACGUUGCCGGGAGACACGUUGCAAUGGCACCUGCCCAUGCUCCCUUUUUGUGCAGCGUGCACCCCUGGGACAGAGUUAAGGCACGUUGGUGAAGUCCCGUAGGGUGCAGCCCUGUGCAGCUGAUCCCGAGACCCCAGCAGAUGGCAAACAAUUUGCAACGGCAGGGCAGGAGCGCGCAGCUGGUCGAACGCCGGAGUUACUGUACCGACAAGUUGUUCGUGUUGGUGUGUUGUGAACGUUGGGGGCCGGGGGCGGCGGUCCAGUCACGUGUGGCCCGUAGCACAGACCCGCGUGCGUGUCGACAUGUUAGCAUAAGCCCGCUGGAGCUGUCCUGCGCGGCUGAUUUUAUUCCAUGUCUCGCGACGCAGUUUCACAAGAACGUGGGCGCCGCUAUCACAAGCGACA